AUGAGUGGAGGCGCACCAUUGGAGAACUAUGUGAUCGAGGUGAAAGGAACGAAUUCUCACCAAAUUGGAAAGAAAUCAAAAACGGUGCCCCGCCGGUCAAACGGAAGCAUCGGUGAAUGGAUUAGAAAGGAAGAGAGAAGUACACUUUCCCAAUUCGAGCCAAGGAACAAGAAGCUGGAACUGGAGACCCCCUCCGAUCCAACGGAAUUUAGCCACAUACAGAAAACUGGGAACAUUGUGAUCGAUCGGGGAAUUCGAUUCAAAGAGUUUAACGCGAUGCCAGGUGGUCAAGACUGUGGAUUGGUGAUUCCGAAAAACACCUGUGAUCUUGAUUGGAAGCCACCAGAGGAUGAUGGCGGAGCUGGGAAAUCUCUCACUAUAUAUGGUGACUCUGAUCCACUGGAGGCUGACACAUCGAUCGUUGCCAAGGAUCCAUUCGAUACGGCUGGAAAACCAGGAAUCCCUGAGAUUACCGAUUGGGACAAGGAUCGAGCUGAUCUCUGGGCUCCACCUAGCGACGAUGGAGGCGCUCCUGUUGAACAAUAUCUCGUUGAAAUGCGUGAUGGGAAUGGAAAUUGGUGGGAAGCGGCCGUUGUGCCCCGCAGAUCAGACAACAGCCUCGGUGAAAGGAUUGAAAGAAGGACAUCAAUAUCAAUUCCGAGUGAAAGCCAU